GCGCCGGGGCGGAGAAGACGAUGGAGAAUUUCUCGGCACUGUUCGGAGCUCAGGCUGACCCACCACCACCUCCAACCGCACUCGGCUUCGGACCAGGAAAGCCUCCACCUCCGCCUCCCCCUCCUCCGGGCGGGGGCCCCGGCACGGCCCCGCCGCCCACUGCGGCCACGGCCCCUCCCGGCGCCGACAAGUCGGCGGCUGGUUGUGGUCCCUUCUAUCUUAUGCGGGAACUUCCAGGUAGCACCGAGCUGACAGGCAGCACCAAUCUGAUCACACACUACAACCUAGAACAUUCCUAUAAUAAAUUCUGUGGGAAGAAGGUGAAGGAGAAGCUAAGUAACUUCCUGCCUGACCUGCCAGGGAUGAUUGAUCUGCCUGGUUCCCAUGAUAACAGCAGCCUCCGCUCUCUCAUUGAGAAACCCCCUAUUCUUGGUGGCUCUUUUAAUCCUAUCACAGGGACCAUGCUGGCUGGCUUCCGCCUCCACACUGGCCCGUUACCGGAGCAGUGUCGUCUGAUGCAUAUUCAGCCUCCCAAGAAGAAGAAUAAGCACAAGCACAAACAGAGCCGUACCCAGGAUCCUGUCCCCCCAGAAACACCAUCUGAUUCUGAUCACAAGAAGAAGAAAAAGAAAAAAGAGGAGGAUCCUGAACGGAAAAGGAAGAAGAAAGAGAAGAAGAAAAAGAAGAACCGACACAGUCCAGACCACCCAGGCGUGGGCAGCUCUCAGGCCAGCAGCAGCAGCAGCCUCCGCUAGCCGGGCUCUGCCGGGAUGGCUUUCCCUGCUGCACGGAGCCUGCUGACAAAAGCCGCCUUCCAGCUUGGACACUGCCGUGGGAGCGUCCCCUGCAACCGGGUUAGGAGCCAGCUCUGACUGUGCUGGGCUAAGAUCAGUGCAUUAGAGGAGAGAAGGGCCAUGCUUUUGUAAGGCUCAGCCCAGUUGGCUUUCUCACGGACAUCUCUUCCUCUCCCAGGAAGGUUUCUUUUCAUCUCUUUUGUGCAGUUGGUCUGAUUUAGGACAUUGUCUGAUCUGUUAGGGUUUUUCUUUAAAAAAAAAAAAAAAUUUGCAUUUAUCAAACUGGCUGAACUGUGGCUGCCUGUUAAAGAGGUAAGUGCCUUUCCAUGUGAGAGUCAGGGUUUAAGCCAGGGCGUUCAAAGAUCUGAGGGGACUUUGGGUCUUACCGUUACAUUAUUAGUAGGCAGGGAGACGACCAAGUGAGACUGGGAACAGGGUGUGCAAGUGAGGCAGAGCUCGCUAAUACGUGUCCACAGCAGACACUUAACACUCUGCCCGUCACGCUGAGAACCAAGCACCUGGAUGACGCUCCACAGGAGGAGCUGAUCCAGUUAAGGCUCAUCUGUCUUCUAGGUCAGUUUUGUGUUAAAACAGAACAGCCAACUGAAAAAGCACCCACAAUCACCAGUGUAUGUCAACAAGGUUGAUUUCCUGGUGAAGCCUGUGAUUUUUUUUUUUUUUUUUAAAUCUCUGGCAAGCAAAGGUAAAUGCUUCUCUUGUCUUUAUAGGAAUCUUUGCCCUGCCUCAUUCCUUAAA